UUUUUUUUAUUAUUUCAUUGUCUCCAUUUUCUUUAUAUCUAUAAAUAAGAUAUAUUCUUUCUUUUUGAUUACUUGAGUAGUUAUAAACAUGACAAGAUAUAAAAAUAGAGGUUGUAGGAUCCUCAUUUUGCAUAUCAAAAACACGAGAAGUUUUUUUUUUUGUGUUGGGGAACUGAGCCAUAAAAGAAAAGCUGAGUUGGUUUUAUUCCAAUACAGCUUAACCAAUGAUAAUUCAGGUUUAGAGACCUGCGUCACCGCGUCCCCUCAAAGGCUAUUGUAAACGCCCUCUUUUUUUUUUGUGGCAUUCUCUCUUUUUUCUUUCAAAUAAACAAUUCUUUUUUAAAAAUGGAGGACGAAGUUGCUGCUCUUGUUAUUGAUAACGGUUCCGGUAUGUGUAAGGCCGGUUUUGCUGGUGAUGACGCACCUCGUGCCGUCUUCCCUUCUAUUGUCGGUCGCCCCCGUCAUCAAGGUGUUAUGGUGGGUAUGGGACAAAAGGACUCAUAUGUUGGUGAUGAAGCUCAAUCUAAGAGAGGUAUCUUAACUCUUCGUUAUCCUAUUGAACACGGUAUUGUUACCAACUGGGAUGAUAUGGAAAAGAUUUGGCAUCAUACUUUCUAUAACGAACUUCGUGUUGCUCCCGAGGAACACCCUGUUUUGUUGACUGAAGCACCUUUGAACCCCAAGUCUAACCGUGAGAAGAUGACUCAAAUCAUGUUUGAAACCUUCAACGCACCUGCCUUCUAUGUUGCUAUCCAAGCUGUUCUUUCCUUGUAUGCCUCUGGUCGUACCACUGGUAUCGUUCUUGAUUCCGGUGAUGGUGUCACUCACACUGUCCCCAUUUAUGAAGGUUACUCUCUUCCUCACGCUAUUUUGCGUUUGGAUAUGGCUGGUCGUGAUUUGACUGAUUACUUGAUGCGUAUCCUCGCUGAACGUGGUCACUCUUUCACUACUACUGCUGAACGUGAAAUCGUUCGUGAUAUCAAGGAAAAGCUCUGUUAUGUUGCUCUUGACUUUGAACAAGAAAUGCAAACUGCUGCUCAAUCUUCUGCUCUCGAAAAGUCUUAUGAACUUCCUGAUGGUCAAGUCAUCACUGUUGGUAACGAACGUUUCCGUGCUCCCGAAGCUCUCUUCCAACCUUCUCUUUUGGGUCUUGAAUCUGCUGGUAUUCAUGAAACUACUUAUAACUCCAUCAUGAAGUGUGAUGUUGAUAUUCGUAAGGAUUUGUACUCCAACAUUGUCAUGUCUGGUGGUACCACCAUGUAUCCUGGUAUUGCUGAUCGUAUGCAAAAGGAAAUCACUGCUCUUGCUCCUUCUUCCAUGAAGAUCAAGAUCGUUGCUCCCCCAGAGAGAAAGUACUCUGUCUGGAUUGGUGGUUCUAUUUUGGCCUCUCUUUCCACUUUCCAACAAAUGUGGAUCUCAAAGCAAGAAUACGACGAAUCUGGUCCUUCUAUUGUCCACAGAAAGUGUUUCUAAGUUAUUUCUUUUUCACCCAAAAAAAAAAAAAAAAAUUGUUUACUUUUCUUUGUUUCCAAUUAUAUAUCUCUUUUCUCUCUCUUAUACACACAACAUUUUAACUUUUUGCUUUUCGCUCACCUCUUUUUAAAAAGUGGCUGCUUAAAAAUAAACCAAAAAAAAAAAAGGAACAGUAAACAACUAAUAAAUUUUUAAAAAAAAAAAAAUAUAUACUCUCUUUUAU